AUGACGCGCUUUGGAUUCGCGUCCUUCCUGCUGGCUACCACCAUGCUGACGCUUGUUGUGUCGGGAGCCCAGACCGGAUUAAUUGCCAAUGUCGUGGGAACUGUGGGGACGGUGGUAACGAACACACUGAACGCAACCAGUACGCUGGUGGAAACCGUAGCCAACCUCCCGUACGACUCACACCGGAUCAUCAUUGUCAUGGAUAAGGAUACCAAGCCGGUCCUCGAUGCCGUCGCCAGCACCAAUACCGCAAUUUGGACGGAGGCUGAGCGAAUUCAAAACAUCCAAAACAUCGUCGAUGCGCUCAAGCUGCACGCGCAGCAAUGUCAGGGUCCCGUGACGGAUCUACUCCAGUCGGCUGGAAUUCAAUACACGAGCAAUUGGAUCACCAACACGAUCGUAGCGGUGGACUGCUCGGUUGGUCUCAUCGAGCAAAUUCUCGCUUUGGUAUCGGUGAAGAAGAUUGUCUAUGACACCAUCAUUACUCUGGAACCUCCAGAGCCCACAGCCGACUCGACGAGCAACACUGUCACUGCUGGAUGGGGUGCCACUAAAAUCAAGGCGACGAAUGUCUGGGCGACAAGCAAUACCGGUCAGGGCGUGGUUGUCGGCACCAUCGAUACCGGCGUGCGCGGAACUCACGAGACUCUCGCUAGCAACUGGAUCGGGCCGUACGGAUGGUAUGAUCCGGCUCAAAAGACGGCGACCCCGUACGAUCCCAAUGGCCACGGAACGCACACGGUUGCCACGAUCGUCGGAGGAAAGGGAGUGGGGAUCGCUCCUGGCGCUAAGUGGAUGACCUGCAAGGCCUGUGAGAACUCUUGCUAUAUGUCUUAUUUAACCGCUUGUGGGCAGUUCAUGCUGUGUCCGACGGACACAAACGGCAACAACUGCAACGCUGCUAAGGCCCCGCACAUUGUGAGCAACAGUUGGGGAGCGGGCCAAGGUAUGACCUACUACCAGUCGAUUCUUGAUGCUUGGUACGCCGCUCGUAUCUUCCCCGUCUUCUCGGCUGGCAAUUCGGGUGCCAAUGGAUGCAGUUCAGUUGUGACUCCGGGUGAUUCAGCCAAGGCCUUCUCUGUUGGAGCUACCGAUACUAGCGACGCACUGGGUUCAUUCAGCAGUAUUGGUCCUGCCGUCAAUGGACUUAUCAAGCCCGACUUCAUUGCGCCUGGAGUGAGCGUCCGUUCGGCUUGGAAAGGCAACAACUCGGACUAUUUGUCACUCUCGGGGACGAGUAUGGCGGCACCUCAUCUUGCCGGAACAAUCGCGUUGGCUUUGAGUGCACGUCCUGGUCUCUGCUUCGAAAACAUGAAGGAGAUUCUGUCGAAUUCGGCGGACCGUGCGCUGCCGAGGGCUGCCCAGACGUGCGGCACAAUGUCGGACACGGUCUUCCCAAACAACGAGUACGGUUACGGCCGCAUCAACGCUCAGAACGUCGUCAACGCAGCGCUUACGUACUAG